AUGAAGGACCUAAUUCGAGACACCAUCUUCAGCCAUAUCAUUCGUCUUCUGACAGGCGGCAAGAUCUUCAAAUACCCCGAAGAAGAAGACCCAUCGCUAUGGAAGAAAUACGUUCACGCCGAAAAGUCGGCCAAUAUGGCCAGGCAUGGUCAAACAGAAGCUCCUGAGGGCGAUGGUGAACGGCAGAGCAGAAGAUCACAGACUAGGUCUUCUUCGGAUACGGCUAUAUCUUCGGGUGAAGGUGGGACAGUGAAUGAACCAAGUGGGAGGAUCGUUGAUAAGGAAAAGGGCAAGGACAACCCCAGAAACUGGUCACGCAUCAAGAGAUUUUUCGUCACCUUCGAGAUCUGCCUCCUCACAUUCUCCGUCUACAUUGGCUCAGCCAUCUACACAGCCGGCAUCCAAGAUGUGAUGCAAGUCUUUGGCGUCUCUCAAGUCGCCGCUACUCUUGGCCUCACUCUCUUCGUCGCAGGCUACGGUCUCGGUCCUAUGGUCUGGUCUCCACUGUCUGAGAUCCCCCAGAUCGGCCGAAACCCUGUGUACAUCAUCACUCUGGCUCUGUUCGUCGUUCUCCAAGUCCCCACUGCCCUAGCAACCAACUUUGGUAUGCUUCUUGCUUUCCGAUUCAUCACUGGUUUUAUCGGAUCGCCAUCGCUUGCAACGGGUGGAGCAUCCAUUGGUGACAUGUACAGCCCAGCCAAGAGAACCUACGGCAUUGCUGUCUGGGGUGUCGGAGCCAUCUGUGGCCCUACCCUUGGACCUCUUGUCGGAGGUUUCGCGGCCGAAAAGAAAGGAUGGACCUGGACUAUCUGGGAACUCAUGUGGUUAUCUGGCUUCUCUCUUGUUCUGUUCUUUUUCUUCCUCCCCGAGACAUCCUCUGCAAACAUCUUGUACCGCCGAAGUCGACGCCUGCGGAAGCUCACUGGCAACGACAAGCUUGUGUGUGAGGCCGAGUUGGCCACGCAAGACAUGUCUAUGAAGGAUGUCGCGGUGAUGACUCUCGUACGGCCUUUUCAGUUGAGCUUGGGCGAGCCAAUUGUGUUUGUGCUUAACCUUUACAUCGCUCUCAUCUACGGUCUGUUGUACAUCUGGUUCGAGUCAUUCCCUAUUGUCUUUGGCGAGACUUAUGGCUUCUCUCUGGGUAUCCAAGGCCUUGCUUACCUGGGUAUCUUGAUUGCAGUCUUUGUUGUUCUACCACCAUUUGUGUGGUAUCAGCACAAGUACAUUGAGCCAAAGUUCAACGAGAAUGGAGAACUCAAACCUGAGUGGAGAUUGCCACCGUCAUUUGUUGGUGCCUUUGCAAUUCCUAUCUGCCUGUUCUGGUUUGGAUGGUCUUCACGUGCAAGCAUUCACUGGAUUGUACCGAUCAUUGGCACGGGUUGGUUCUCUAUUGGAGCAUUCUUGUUGUUCAACUCUGUCUUGAACUAUCUUAGCGACGCGUACCCCGAAUAUGCAGCUUCAGUUCUUGCCGGCAAUGACUUCUUUCGAAGUGCAUUUGGUGCCGGAUUUCCACUAUUUGCAUCGGCUAUGUAUAAGAACCUUGGCGUUGGUUGGGCCAGUUCUACAUUAGCCUUCAUCUCCAUUGCCUUUAUCCCCAUUCCGUUCUUGCUCUUCAAGUACGGUGAGUGGAUCAGGCACAAGAGUAAGUAUGCUCGUCAUGAUCUGUAA